AACCAAUCAUUUCAAGCUUUGUAACGUAGGCCGAGACUUUACAGUCUUUUACAGUCUUACAGAGACUUUUUCAGUGUAUGGCCUGUACAUCAAGCACACACAAACAGAAUCAACAUGUUCGGGAAAUCAAGUCUGCUUUAUGUGUGUCUGGUUGUCGUAAUUACCAUCAGUUUUCUUGCUGCGGAGCCACACAUGUCCUUCGAGGCAAUAGACUCGCUGUUCGAUAUAGAGGACCGGCUGGAAAUUCAUUCUCUGAAAGACCCUGUUCCACUGUAUAGAAAGGAUCUCGAUCAUAGAUACGUGGCCUACUGGCAGAUUACUGCAAAUGAUGACGAUCAGCUAAUUGUGUCCGCUGGCCCUCAGACAGGAGACUACAAACUGGUUUUCCAGGGUAAAUCACCCACCAUGACGAGCAUACUUGAUCACAUCGCCUGGGAAGGUGGGCACCGAUGUCAAAGAUACUACAUGCUGUCUCCUGACGUCACCCUAAUGUGCGAGGAUGGAAAUGGUCGAGUGAUAGCAACAACCAGAGAUUCCUACAUUAAAUACAAGCCAAUUUCGAACGACACGUCUUUGCGGUACAGAUUUAUCGAGAAGAACUGUCACACCCUGAAAAUGGACUGGACUGAGAGAGCGAAGAAAGUGGAACAAGAUGGGGUUUGGGACGAAAUGAGCUUCAUACCUAAGGAGGCAAUAUAUCAAGCUGAUGAAGACGACUUGGAAGCUGACGGACUCUUCAUCCUUCAUCGCGGACAAACAGUUAAAAUUCCAUUCACAGGCAAAGAAAGAAUCACACUGUCCAGUCCAGACCACAGUGAGCACAGACUUUGUGAACUCUUCAAUAUCUGUACACCAGACAAAAGAGGGGUUGUGGACACGACUAUAGCUCAAAAGAACGCUUAUGGGAUGUCCUACAUCGCUAUAACAAUACCUGAAUCCAUGCACGGGAAAGACGUUCGGUUUAAUGUUCAUGUGUACACAAGUUUAGGUUUGGUGAUCAAACGGUAUUACAUCGACCUGAACAGUCGAUCAAAGCGACAAACAUACACACCUUGGACGGAGGUCAGUAUAGGGCACGAGUCCUUCUUCCCGGACUAUGGGCAGUUCGAUAUUGAAUCUGGUUGUGCGGUGGGCUGCGGACCUGUAGCAUGGGCAAUGAUAUUCGGCUACUUCGACAGGCGUUCUCAUCAACAGACAUCGGUCUAUGGAAGCGGAAGCCAAAACCUCUUCCGGUGCGGCGCAGACGGUACAACCGGAGCGGCUUCAUGUGAAGCCCCGCCUUUAAACAACAACCAAAUACAGGAAUACAUCAAGGUUUUGCGAGGCAUCUUGAAGACCUUCUGCCUAGCAGGCCAGGGAGCAACACCACAUUUUCUCAUGAACAGCAUCGAGAGCUUUUUCCAGGAACGGCAGACCACUGGAUCUCCAGAUAUCGUUUCGCAUGAACGUGGUUUCCUGAGCUUCUUAGGAGUUGACAGCUCAACUAUCAGAGACAAAGGCCUGGCUGCCUUGAGAGCUGGUUGGCCAAUAAUUCCGGGUAUUCGAGUCAGCGGAAUAUUCUCUCAACACUACCCCGUGGCCACGAAGUAUAGAUCGCGCAUGAAAAUACAGAGGAGGUGCUUUUUCUGGAAAUGCUGGAACGAACGGACGACCGAGUACGAGAUGUAUCUCCACAUGGGCUGGGGAAGCUUUUACAAUGGUUGGCGUUCUGCUAACAUGUAUUUUGUCACAUAUGCCAAAUAUUAACACCUCCAGCUAUUCUAAAUAAAUGCUUUGUGAAAAUAAAAUAGUAUAAAACAAUGGUCCAGCAAGAUUAAAAACUGCAUUUGUCUUAAUGAGAUGUAUUUCAGUGCAUGAAAUGUAUUUGGCUACCAGUAAAUGUCUGCUGCACAGUCGUUCUGGACGAAGAGACUGAGAGUAUGAAGCUCACACGUCCAUAAAGCCUUGUCUACAUUAAGGUUCAUACACGGGUAUGGAGCUCACACGUCCAUAAAGUCUUGUCUACAUUAAGGUUCAUACACGGGUAUGAAGCUCACACGUCCGUAAAGCCUUGUCUACAUUAAGGUUCAUACACGGAUAUGAAGCUCACACGUCCAUAAAGCCUUGUCUACAUUAAGGUUCAUACACGGGUAUGAAGCUCACACGUCCAUAAAGCCUUGUCUACAUUAUGGUUCAUACACGGGUAAGAAGCUCACACAUCCAUAAAAUCAUUUAAGGUUCAUAUGUAUAAAGCUCACACAGCCAUAAGACCUUGUCUACAUUAAGGUUCAUACAGCUUG